AUGAAUCAAAUUGAAGUGUUGACAAGUUCUCGAGGAAAUCCGAUGUUAUGCUAUUCAGGUUAUUUAUACACUCAUCAUAGUAUGACAGAGAAAAAACGUGUAUUUCGUUGUGAAGAUCGAAAUUGUAGAAGUCGUUGUCAUACGAAUACUCUGAUGGAAGUGUUUGUCAAAGAACCAUCGGAGCAUAGUCAUGCACCUGAUCCAGAUCGUGUUCAUGUUAUUCAAUUGAAACAUGAAAUUAAAGCCCGUGGUUCAUCAUCGGAUGAAGCGACCAGCAUUAUAUUAUUUGAUGCAUUACGUAGUAUUCCACUGAAUGCAGUUCCUGGCUUACCAACGAACAAUGCAUUAAUGCAAACAAUUCGUCAUCAACGACAACCAGUACAACUUGAUGAAAAUUGUCAAUUGCCGUUUGUAUUUCGACUAACUGAUCGUGGAGAGAAUUUCGUCUUAUUUGAAGAUCAAUCUAUGCUGAUAUUUACGUGUGAUAAAAAUUUAACAACUUUAAAGCAAUGUAAACAUUGGUUUAUGGAUGGUACUUUCAGUGUAUGUAUGUCGCUUUAA